CAUCGGCAGGGCCAGCAGGCAUGACCGCGGGGUAGCAAAAGCCGCCCCCGAGCCCGGAACAAGUGGGCGGCUUGCCAGCAGCAGCAGCAGCAGCCAGCAGAGCGGAUCCCGCUCGCCGCCGCGUGCGUACUUCCAAGAGAAGACGCUAUCCCAGUGGGCGCCCGCGAAGCCAGGACCGGCAGAUCUUGGCGUCAUCGGAUCGCCCCGGCCGAUCUGAUCUCCCCGGUCCCCGUCCCCGCCCGGCCGCUCUCCUCUCACCGCUCAGGCGCCGGCCGGCCGGCCGUUCUAGGGCGGGAGUCGCAACAGUGCGCGUCUGAGCUGGUCGUUUGGACGAUCCCGCCGCCCCGCGCGUUUUGUUGGCUUGCACUCGGAGCCUUGGGCGGGGAGCAGAGCGCGGGGGAAUCUCUCGUGAGCUGCUGGCGCUGGGUGUGCCCGGCCCGGGGACGCGACUUCACUGUGCCGUGCCGCCGAGUCGUGGAGACCCACGCGUCAGUUCCGGCGCUCUCUCGCCUCCUGCCGCUGCCCGCUGGAGAAUUGCCGCAACAUGAGGCGCAUCAUGAGAUGGCUCAAGCAGCUACUGACGGGCAGAAAGGAAGAGCACAGAGGCCAUGUCGUUAGCGGCUGGAGCGACGGGCCGGAGAAGGAGAAGAAGAGGUGGAGCUUCGCAAAGCAGAGGAAGAGCGGAACUGACGGCGACGCGCGGUCGUCGUCGGGUAAGGACGCCGUCGCUCCUCCUGCCGCGGUGGAACGGUCGCGCCAGGUGAUGAGGCCAAGGGAGGACGCGAGAGCUCGAGAACACCGUGCCGCGGUCCUGAUCCAGAAAACAUUCAGAGGCUACCUGGCUAGGAGAGCGCUUCGAGCUCUUCGGUCACUCGUCAAGAUCCAGGCGUUGGUACGGGGCUACCUGGUGAGGAAGCAGGCAGCCAUGACGCUGCACAGGUUGCAGACGCUCAUGCGGCUGCAAGCCGACUCCAUCGCCGUCAAGAAUGCUUCGUACCGCAAAUCCAUGGAACAAGAAGAGAGGAUUUUUGCUCGGGACGUGCAGAUGAAGCCGCUGGCGACGCCGGUGCACCGCCGGAUGCUGUCUGACAGCACGGACUCCAACUACGAGCGCAGCCCGCGGAUCGUGGAGAUGGACACUUGCCACCUCCGCUCCCGGUCCUCGCGGAUCACCAGCAGGUACAACCCGGACCACUUCCCGGAGUAUCACUAUCACCGCCACGCCGCGCCGACGCCGUCGUGCUCGCCGCUUGCCGGCGGCAAGCAGCCGCAGCCGCAGCAGCAGCCCGCGCGGCUCUCGUUCCGGCGGAGCGCCCGCGAGCGCGACGCCCGGGGCUCCAAGACAGCACAGAGCACGCCCCGGUGCGCCUCCCACGACUCCUCGCCUGCCAGGAGCGUCGAGCACAGCCUGGCCGGCACGCCACGGCGGCGCGGCGGCACGCAGCGGGACCGCGACGCGCUCGUCAGCCCGCGGUACAUGGCCGGCACCGCGUCCUCCGCGGCCAGGACGCGGUGCCACAGCGCGCCGAGGCAGCGGCAGACGACGGACGCCGAGCAGGCGCCGAGGACGAGCGUCGCUAGCAGAGAUGGGGCGUCGAGGAGGUCGUCGUGCUCGCAUGCGCACGGCGGCGGGUUCUGCUUCCAGUGCUCGGACGUGACCCGGACGACCGGCUUCUCCGGGAUCAGCGUCAGCGACGAGGUGGCCAGAGACUACUACCUGGACAGCUUCUGGUGAUCAGGCGAUGUGAGUUGGUGGUCUGUUUGUGUUUAGAUUGUAGUAGAAGACGAGUGCACGGGAUUUGUACAUACUCGUAGUCAUAGACGCUAAAAACAUCUAGCAAGUCACGGAGUGGAAGAUAACACGGGACAGCCGGACUGCAAGUCAGCAAGUCAUAGUCUCUCAGAAGUGUACAAAUGCUGAAAGUCUGAAACAUACUUGGGUGUUGAAGUGUUCUCAUAUGGAGGAAGCUAACGCAUUAUCAGACAGUGGACCGGCUAUCUAGUCUAGUUUUAUUAGCAGGCCAGAGCGCAGCAAUGCAUUCUCUACAAAAAGAUGAAUAACGCAUUGUCAGACA